AGCCAUCGUGGCUCGAGUUGGCCGUGGCUCGUUGGGGCUGGGCCUGUCUGGGUCGAUGUUAUUCUGCCGAGUUUCGGCUAAGCAGUAGGCGGUAAUCGCUAACCGCGCGCCCAGGUAUCUGGCCGCCUCGUUCGCUUCGCGCCAUGGGGAAGGGCGGCAAGGGGAAGGGCAAGGGCAAGGGCAAGGGCAAGGCACCCAUCGACGAGGGCCCUCCCGACGAGAUCGAGGAGGUCGGGGAGGCAAUGCACCCGUGCGAGGACGAAUUGGUCUGUAAGUGUACCAACAACAGGGUUCCGCACUUCAACGCCCGGAUCUUCUUAGAGAACAAGGAACAGAUCGGAAAGGUUGACGAAAUCUUCGGACCUAUUAACCAUUUCUUCUUCUCAGUAAAGAUGGAGGAGGGGAUGAAGGCAGAGUCGUUCAAGGAGGGGAAAAAGUUUUACAUUGACAACCAGAAGCUCCUCCCGAUGGCCCGCUUCCUGCCGCAGCCUACCAUCUCGAAGAAGGGCAAGGACGGCGGCAAGGGCAAGAAGGGCAAAGGCAAGGGCAAAGGCAAGGACAAGGGCAAGAAGGGCGGCGGAAAGGGGAAGGGCGGCGGAAAGGGCGGAGGCUUCACCGGGAGGGGCGGCGGCGACGGCGGAGGCCGCGGCGGAGGGCGCGGAAGGGGCUCGUAGUCUGCGCGCAGGGCCUGUGUUGGAUGACGAAGCGAUUGAUGCGCUCACGCUCGUCCACCAUGGUCACCACUCCUGCUGCUUGAGCACUCGAUUGAUUCAGCAUCCACUGAAGCGUACUCUAUCGCUCUCUGUUCCAUCUUGCCUGACCGCUACUCAUUGCUACUCCUUGUUCUAGGUGCAUUGUGGCACUGUUUCGCACUAGUAUAUGUUUUUCCGCACCUGGCUAGAACAAUGCAACAAUGUUCUUUCGAAGAGGUCAUGUUACAAGACGUGCGAUGAUAAAAUAUGGGCAUGCUCCCUGUGCGCUGCGCUGCCCAAUGCCGCUUGUAAAUCGUGGUAGAUUUUUUGUUUGCCCGACGCACGAUGCAAUGCAGUAUGAUCGGGACGUCCCAUCGUGUUCUGCCGCGUGUGUGGUGCAUUUAGCACUGGCUCGCACUCCAACGCAAUCCCAGGCGUACGCACGCAC